AUGAAUCCUGAAGAGAGCAAGUCCCAGUCUCCAAAGAGAAGUACAUCCCUUCUUCCUACCAACAAUGGCUCCAAAGAAAAUGGUAUCCAAGAGGAACAAGACCAAGAGCCACAGGACCUCUUUACAGAUGCCACCAUGGAGCGAUCCCUGGAGCCAGCCAAAAUGCUCAUUUCUCUUCCUCCACAGGAAGCCACAAAUUCUUCUAAGCCUCAGCCAAGCUAUGAGGAACUAGAGGAAGAAGAAAAGGAAGACCAAUUUGAUUUGACAGUUGGUAUAACUGACCCCGAAAAGAUAGGGGAUGGUAUGAUUGCAUAUAAGGUUACAACACAGAUGAGCUUACCAAUGUUCAUAAGUAAACAGUUUGCUGUGAAAAGAAGAUUUAGUGACUUUCUGGGUCUUUAUGAGAAGCUUUCAGAGAAACACUCUCAGAAUGGCUUCAUUGUCCCUCCUCUACCUGAGAAAAGCCUAAUAGAAAUGACAAAAGUGAAAGUUGGGAAGGAAGAUUCUUCUUCUGCAGAAUUUCUUGAAAAGCAGAGAGCUGCUUUAGAAAGGUACCUUCAGAGGAUUAUGAAUCAUCCUACCAUGUUGCAGGACCCUGAUGUCAGAGAGUUCUUAGAAAAAGAAGAACUGCCACGUGCUGUGGGUACCCAGACACUGAGUGGUGCUGGUCUCCUCAAGAUGUUCAACAAAGCCACCGAUACAGUCAGCAAAAUGACCAUUAAGAUGAAUGAGUCAGACAUUUGGUUUGAGGAGAAGCUCCAGGAGGUAGAGUGUGAGGAGCAGCGCUUACGGAAACUGCAUGCUGUUGUAGAAGCCCUAGUCAACCAUAGGAAAGAGCUAGCAGUGAACACAGCCCAGUUUGCAAAGAGCCUAGCCAUGCUCCGGAGCUCUGAGGACAACACAGCAUUGUCACGGGCACUCUCCCAGCUGGCUGAGGUGGAAGAAAAGAUUGAGCAGCUCCACGAGGAACAGGCCAACAAUGAUUUCUUCCUCCUUGCCGAGCUUCUGAGUGACUACAUUCGCCUCCUGGCCAUAGUCCGGGCUGCCUUUGACCAACGCAUGAAGACGUGGCAGCGCUGGCAGGAUGCUCAAGCCACACCGCAGGAGAAGCGGGAGGCUGAGGCUCGGCUGCUGUGGGCUCACAAGCCUGACAAGCUGCAGCAGGCCAAGGAUGAGAUCGAAGAAUGGGAGUCUCGGGUGACUCAGUAUGAAAGGGACUUUGAAAGGAUUUCAACAGGGGUCCGAAAAGAAGUGAUACGGUUUAAGAAAGAGAAAUCCAAGGACUUCAAAAACCAUAUGAUCAAGUACCUUGAGACACUCCUGUAUUCACAGCAACAGCUGGCAAAAUACUGGGAAGCCUUCCAUCCUGAGGCAAGGGCCAUCUCCUAA